AUGAACCCAUCUCGCAAUUUCAGCUACUUGUCUUCCUCCACCACAACAGUCACUUACUCUUUUCAUAAUGAUCACACUACCCCCAAGCAAACCAUUGAAAUCCCCAUCAAGUCUCCCUCCCCCAAAUCUACUGUCCAAUCAGUCACUGCCACUUCUGCUGCCACCAAGAUUCAAUCUUGUUACAGGGCACACAUGAUCCGAACCCUUUAUAAGAAAAUCUCAACGGUUAGUUCUGAAGCUGAUCAGUUACAAAACCAAAUCCAACGGCAAGAAACAGUGGAUGCAAUAAGAAGCAGUGAGAAAGAAAAGCUGAGGAUGAAUGAGGCCUUGAUGGGUUUGCUUCUAAGGCUUGAUUCUGUACCUGGGGUUGAUCCAACGGUGAGAGAAGCAAGAAGGAAAGUCAGCCGUAGGAUUGUGGGGUUGCAGGAAAUCUUGGACUCAAUAUGUGAAGCAAAGGUUGGUGCUUUUGAUGGUGGUGACUACUGUGGGUGGCAGUGGGAUCCACAUGGUGGAUCAUGGGAUAUGGUGUUGGAGGAGAUGGAGGAAAAGGUUUGUAUGGAAAGAGGUGGUGAAGAAAUGGAGAAGUUUUGUGCUCAAUAUCUUGGGUUUAGAUGCUUGCAGAGGUUUUUGAGAGAACCAUGA